CAGACAUACGAGGAAGAAAGGAAAGAAGGUGGGAGAAGCGCGAUCUCCAUUUUUGCGGCUCUCUCUCUCCUCGCCCCAAUCUCAAAAACUCUUCUUCACUCGCCUCAAUUCCACUCUCAAUCCUCUUCUCCUUCUUCUUCUUCUUCUUCUCUUCUCUUUCUUCUCGAGCUUCGAUUCGCAAUCGUUCGUAAAUUUCCUCUUUUUACCGAAUCACAGCCUCCGCAAUUCGGUUUCCUACCGCCGCCCCGAGUGGUUUCGGGUCUCGGAUCCGGGUCGGGCGCCACCGGCAUCGGCUCGCCGUCGUAGAAGCGAUGCGGUUCGUGCCGGAUUCGAUGGACGGAGGUUCGGUUUACUGCGGAUUCCGGCUUCCAUGAGCGUUUCUUGGAGUGCUGGCUCGGGAAUGCUUGGAUUUGAGUUCGAGGGUUCUGAGUUUUGAUUGAAUUGGGGUUCAAUUUGAGCUUCUGGUGGAGUUUCGGGGGAGGGUUUUUGGGUUGAAUUUAGGGGGGGAGCGGGGCAGGUGGGAGCAGUCAUGUUCUAUGGUGCGGUGGUGUGGGAUCCUUGGCUCAUCGUUGCCCAAAUCGUGUGCCUUCAAUGCUUGUACUACCUCACGCUAGGGUUGUUCCUGUCGCUUCUCGUCGGGACUCGAGUCUCGCGCUUGAGCCUCGUGUACUUCUUCGACUUCGCCGCCGUGACCAUGGCCACCGUGACCGGGUGGUCGGUCAUCGCCGCUUUCGUGCUCACUGCAGUUGCAGGAGCUGGAUAUAUGCUUUAUCUAAUUGAGAGGGCGAAGAAAUGCCUGGACUUUUCUGCCACUUUAUUUAUCAUUCAUCUCUUUAUAUGCAUCAUAUAUGGAGGUUGGCCUUCCUCAAUAACAUGGUGGGUCGUUAAUGGCACUGGACUUGCAGUGACGUCUCUACUAGGUGAAUAUUUGUGCAUCAGACGUGAACUGCGGGAAAUUCCCAUUGCACGGUAUCGUCCAAGUGUUUGACCAAUUGGAGAAACGCCACCAACGAAAGCAAGUUUAAUCAGAGUAUAUGGGCUAUUCCUUUGGAUGAUGUUCUGGAUGCUAUCCUGUACCAAAUUAGGAUAGCUUAGAUCAUGCACGAUGGUCAUACUCUAAAGCGACGGCAACAAUGAGCACACUGGGGUCGGAACUGUGCUUGUGGGACGAGGUCAAGCUGAUGAAUAGGAUUGUUUUGGAUAUUUUUUAAUACGCCAGUAGGUGGCUUUGAGAAAUCGAUGCCAAAUGUGCUUCUGGCAGUUUAUUGAUAGGGAUGAAAUGUCCUGUCUUAGAGUCCAUACGUUUUCAAAUGAUAUUUUCAUAAUUUUUCCAUGUCAACUUUUGGUUUGAAGGGUGCUGUCUGAACAAAUUGUGGAUCGACUGAAUUUGACUAUCGAGAGCAAAGUUGUGUCAAUAAAGAGGUUGGGCUUCUUUAACCAGCUUAACUUUUUAGA